CCUUCUCUGAUCUAGAAGAGGAGCUGAUAUUAAUGGGAUGAUCGAAUGACCCACAGAUAAAGCAAGAAGUGGGGAACCGUCGCCGCCAGAGAGAGACUGAUGCUGAUAAAGAUCUUUUGCUCCAAGUUGCGUGUCAUGCCUUGGACAAAGACGCUCGCCUCCAUCGCUGGACCGUGGCCCAGGGGGGUGAAGGCUCAAGUGACCAGCCUCAGCUACAAAGUGUUGAGAUCGGGUAGGAACGUCACCAUGGGAGACGUCAGGUGCUGGGAAGACCCGCUUCACGGGAACAGCCUGUGCUGUGACGCGUGUCCUCCCGGCACACGGAAGGAAAGUGACUGCACGUCUUAUGCGGGUAAAUCACACUGUGUGCCCUGCCAAGAAGGGGAGGAGUACACAGACAAGACGCAUUUGUCUCCUAAAUGCAGGAGAUGUGGAAUCUGCGAUGGAGAGCAUGGCUUAGAAGUGGAAAGAAACUGUACUCAGACCCAGAAUACCAAGUGCAGAUGUAAACCAAACUUCUACUGUGACGUCUCUCCGUGCGAACACUGCAACCCGUGUAGCACGUGUGAACAUGGAAUCCUUGAGAGGUGCACACCGACCAGCGACACCAAAUGUGAAGAAGGAUCCAGCUCCAGAUACCUGUGGUUUUGCGUCCUCAUCCCGAUUCUGACGUCCGUGCUCGUGUGCUGGUGGCUGUUCAAACGGCGCAGGACAAAAGGGAAUGUCACCCUGGGACCCACACCGUCCCCUCCUACUGAAGUGAUACCAAUAAACUGUGCAGACAUCGACCUGAGCAAAUACAUCAUCGGCAUCGCUGAACAAAUGAAAAUAAAACAGGUCAGGGAAUUCGUUCGGAAGAACGGGAUCAACGAAGCCAAGAUAGACGAGAUCAAGAACGACAACCUGCAGGACACAGCGGAGCAGAAGGUGCAGCUGCUGCGUCACUGGUACCAGGUGCACGGGAGGAGGGGCGCGUAUCACACCUUAAUCAGAGGCCUCAGAAAAGCCCAUCUUCGCGCGCUGGCGGAGAGGAUUCAGGAAACGAUCCAGAAGGACGUUGCCAGUUAGCUUGAAAGCGGAGACUUCGGGCGUGAAGGUCCAGAGGGUCGCGUGGAUCGGACUUGGCGCUGCGGGGGAAGACGUGGCUCAGAAUCGCGUGUGCAAGGACGCGUGCAAAGGACAAAAGAUAGGAACACGCUCUGGUGCCCGAGGGUGUGGGGUGGAUUCCGUCCCGACCCAGAGCGGCUGCGCCGGGCCGUCCGCAGCCUCGCCUGUCCCUGCUGUGCCGCCUGGUCCCGCGACCCUCGGGAUGGGAGCACAUUUGUGGCCUUGGCACCUCGGGGAAGAGAAGCCCCGGGGAGCUCGGUGCACAGCUCGCGGCGACCUGCUAAGCUUCUGUCCCGAAGAUCUCUGCGCAGAUUCUGGGCAUCUGGGCGUGACGUGCUUCGGCCUGGAAUUUGCACAGGGGAUGCUUGGGUGUCCUCCGCGUGCUCGCCCCUGCCCCGGGCCAAGCUGACCCGCUUCCCUCUGAUGUCGCAGCAUUUCAUUCCCACGAGGAACGCUCUCGGGGGUGCAGCCCUCGUGCCCCCUGCAAAGCGCUGCCUGAGAAGCACGCGGGACCCACCGGCCGCCAGGGCCGCCCCGGGAAAGUGCCGCGGGCUCGGAGGCAAGCGGCCCUUCGGGGAGGCAGCGGGGCCUGUCGGGCCGUGGAGCCACCGGGGCUCACGCCGCUGCCGCUCCGGGUGUCCUGGUCCUGGGAGCCUGCUCAGCCGCCCCCUCGUGUCCUCGCUCGCUGCCCCCCGGCAAGGGGGACUCCCCUCCAGGGUUCGCGGUGGCCCCGGUGACUGCCCGCAGCUCCCGGCCCCAGCCAGGGGCCCUUCCCACUGCGCCCCCCUCACUUUCCCAUUUAAACACAUCUGAAAUUUUGUGUCGAAUGUGAAUCAGUAAAUACUAUUUAUAUUUAUACAGACGGGAACCGAGAAUGGAGACAAACCGAAGUAGGAUUUACAACCAUCAAAAGAGCUUAAUGUUCGGAAAUAGAAAAUAUUUAAUUAAAAUAAUGUUUUCGGCGUU